AUGAUAAUUGUGCACUACACGUUCAUGGCUCAGUAUUUACUGUCGAACGGGGGAGAUGCAGCACCUUUUUCAAAGGGUCUUACAGUAAAACAAUAUAUAUUUUAGCUAAGUUCUCCUCCAAUCCUUGAGAGGGCACUAGUUUACGAAAAAAUUAAAGGCUGCGUCGUGUUUUGCGUGUGUGUGUGUGUGUGUGUUUGUGCUCGACUAUACUCGCUUCCUGUAAGUAACUGUCGAGUUCCCCACGUCUUCUGCAAGCAGCACCGACACGGAGGAUUUGUGUGCAGAGCGCAGGGAGAUAGAAUCAUGUCUGUGAACCUGAGCAAAAACGGAGCGGCGCUGCAGGCAGCCUACAAUGAGGUGGUGGACGGGAAAUCCAACACGAACUGGGCGCUGUUUACGUACGAGGGGAACAGCAACGACAUCAGACUGGCUGAGAAAGGAGACGGGGGUCUGGAGGAGAUGGUGGAGGAGCUGAGCAGUGGGAAGGUGAUGUACGCUUUCUGCAGGGUGCAGGACCCCAACUCCGGCCUGCCCAAGUACGUCCUCAUCAACUGGACUGGCGAAGGAGUGAAGGAUUCCAGGAAAGGACUCUGUGCCAAUCACGUCACCUCCAUGGCCAACUUCCUGAAGGGCGCUCACGUCACCAUCAAUGCCCGCUCCGACGAUGAUGUGGAACCCGAGGCCAUCAUGCAGAAAGUAGCCAAGGCGUCCGGGGCCAACUACAGCUUUCACAAGGAGUCGAAUCGUUUUCGGGACGCCGGCCCCCAGGGGCCUGUGGGCUCAGUGUACCAGAAGACCAAUGCCGUGUCUGAAAUCAAGCGCACCAACAAGGAUACCUUCUGGGCACAGACUGAAAGGGACGAGGAGAAGCGGCGCCUGGAGGAGCGGAGCAAGGACAUAGAGGAGCGAGAGCGGCUGGAGCAGGAGAGACGAGCCCGGGAGCAGCAGGAGGUGCUGGAGAGGGAGAGGAGAGACAAGGAGAGGUCCAGUCAGAUCGACCAGCAGAAGGUGCAGCAGCAGCAGCAGGAAGCGGGCAGCCGUGAGCAGGAGACGCAGCAGCGGGAGGAGUAUGAGAGGGAGCAGCAGGCUGCACGGAGGCCAGGCCUCCAGCGAGGUGCGUCUGUGGAGAAGGCAAACGAGGCAGCCUCGCUGAUCUCCCAGCGCUCCCAGAAUCCCCGGGACAUGUUCAAGCAGAAGGAGAGAGCCAUGGCCAGCGAGCCCAGAGACUCCCCAGACAGCCCGCAGCCAGUGCCCAGCGUUAUGGACCAAGCCCGCUCCCAGUAUGUAGAACCUGAAGAUCCAGCACAGCAGGAUCUGAAAGAGAAGAGCAUUCCCAUCCAGCGCGAGCCGAGCCCCUCCGCGGACCUGUACGAGGACGUGGCGGGACAGGAGGAGCCGGAGAACCUGUACGAGGAGCCCCCCCAGGUGGAGGAGGCGAGUGCAGUGUCAGAGGAGCCGGCUGCUUUGAAGGGGGUGUGCGCGCGGGCGCUGUAUGAUUACCAAGCUGCGGAUGACACAGAGGUUUCCUUUGACCCCGAUGACAUCAUCACAGAGAUUGAAAUGAUUGACGAGGGCUGGUGGCGCGGCUACGCCCCGGAUGGGCGGUUCGGAAUGUUCCCAGCCAAUUACGUGGAGAUCCUGGAUGCCUGAACACGCCCCCGCUAACCUGAAGACCCAAUCACAACCCGCCUUCAUUAACAAAAAAAAAAUACAAAAAAAUGAUUAUGUUAGUUACUGUGGGACCACUAACAGUAGGCAGUAACUUUUCAUAGACCGGUCCUCAGGGAAGCCCUGAUAUUCUAGAAUAAUGAGAACCGAUUAAACCAUAGCCAUGGCUGCCCUGGGGACCGCAUUAAAUGUAACACCUGAGCAUGACAAAGAUAACAAUUGUAUGGCUUUUAAAACAGCGUCCUUUCUUGAAUAUCAAGCUUUAUUGAAACCAUCGAAAUCUAAAAAUGGACUCGAUUUGAGACGGGUUUGCUUCUUUCUAGUUUUUAGGCUGCGAAAUUGUUUGCGUUCUCUCAGAAAAAAUGCCUUUGGAUUCAGAGUGGAGCCCCCAGUCUCUAGUCUGUGGAUAGGAGGCACUCUGUUUUUAAUGGCUUUAUUCCUAGUUAAGGAAUGAAUAACACAGCUAACAAAGUGUCUAGUUUCGACCUUUCUUAAACAAGCGUUGGGACGUUUCUCUCCUAGAUUAAGAAGCUUCUUAGUUUUACUUCUUUUUUUUUUAAAUCAGUUAGCGACACUUUCCCUGCCUCCCCUAUCAUUGCGUACCCCAGCUUUUCAGUUUGUGUUGGUGUUUUGUUACUUCUCGUCUUAUGAGAGGUAUCCCCAAUACUUUUUAUUAUAAAAUAAAUGUGUGCAGACAUCCCCGCUUUCUGAAACGCAGAAACUCGACUCCUGAAAUCUCUGCAGACCGAGGCUCCAGAAACUCUGCAAGAAAAAAACGACCAAUUUGAAAACAUUCCAAAAAGGAAACUGUGUAUAAAAUCCAUACACCUGUUAUUUGCUCCUGGAUAAAUAAGGACUUCUGUAAAAUACAUACGGACAUCAAUGAGGAUGAAAACAAGCUCAUUGGUCACCAGCGGUUGAUGCUAUUGGUUGCCUAUCCCAGCUUGUAGCCAAUCCCUGCAGAGUUCCUGGUCUCUGGGGUUCUGCUAUUGGCUGUUGGUGAUUGUAAGAGACAUGAGGUCACGCACAGCUCCCUGAGUUUAAACACGGUGAAGCUCUCUGUAAUAUCCAUUUUAAUCAUGUCUGGUUGCAGACUGGGUUGAAUAGCAUGGGGAAUGGGAGUUCUGAUGACAAAACGCUGUUGAGUUAACUGACCACUGAUUUUACCUUCAAGCGUUUUCAGUCCUAGUAAAAAGAAAAGUCUAGCCAAAGAAAUUUGUUUCUUAUCCCCUGAAUUUUUAUCUUUUUUUUUUUCAUUGGGACUAAACUUUGGAAAACCAGAUUUGCUACCAUUCCGAUUUAAAUGUGAAAAGGCUGGGGAGGGGGGAGGAGGGGUUAGAGCAUUUUACAGCACCCUGGGCUGCACUGACCGCCUGUCUUUAUGGUUCCUGUUUGAUGCAAUCCGGGCGGUGCUGUAAAAUUCUCUACAUUGAAAUGCAGCUGUGGCUUCUCCCCAUGGGGUGCAGAUCGAAUCAGCCUUUGUACCUGGGCAGGGAGUGGAAGCUGAACACCCACUCCACGCCGUGCCUCUGCUGUUUCUGUGCUCUGCUUGAUGCUGUAACUCUGAAGGCAUGCCAGAAAACAACAUGGAGUCUGCUUGGUUUUGGUUAAAAAGUGAAUGCUCUAAUAACACCUGGAUAUCGCGUGUGCGUGUGUGUGUGUGCGUGUGUGUGUGUGCGUGCGUGUAGAGGUCUCAAAUGUGCAGCUUUGCAAGAAACCUGAUCUCGCAAACAUUGAUAUUUUGAAACCUGACCUCUGGUACCGCACCAGGUAAAAUAAAGUACACCGUUUGCUUGCGUUCCCCUCCAGGAAACCUUGCACUUCCUGUGUCGUUUCACGCCAGCAAGUGUCUUCAGGGUCAAAGCAUCUUCCUGGCUGCAGAGCGUGUCAGUCAUGAGGGGAAGCCAGCUGGUUGGUUAUUGACAGGAAAGGCAGCCCUGAAUGGGGCGGGGCUACCGUUUCACUCUCCAGAUGACCCAGGAAGUACAAGACUCUCUGAAAGCAGGGCUUGCAAACAGAUUUAAUUUAACCCCGUGUAGUUCCAGAUGCCAAGUUUUUAAAAUGAAAAUGCAUGUCUGCUUAAACAUUGUCUUUCAAAACUUUUGAGACCUGCACAGGGAAUGAAUGAGCGUGAUGUGCAGAAUGUAAGGGCUUGUUUUGAUGGUCACUUUAAGGGUUAAACAUCUACAUGCUUCAGUUUAGUUCACUGCCAGUACUAAACGUGUAGCCCUUUGUUUAACAGUUAAAGAGCUGCUAAAUGCCUUCAGCGUGUUGCUCAGUUUUCAGCAGAUUCUGUAUUACUUACUAAAAGGGGAGCAGUUUUACACUCCUUGCAUAAUUACCUGGAACUAAAUUGUCAGCCCUUUGUAUUAAAUGCAAUUUAAUAGGAUUCAGAUGCACUACAGCGCCCUCUGGCGGGUGGUGAUAAAACAACUCCCCAGUAGAUCGAGUCCUAUUUUUUGAACUGAUCCAGUUUGAGAAGUAAACAAAACAAGUGUGCCUUUUCACGGAGACUCGCAACGAAUAGAUUCACAGCUUCAGAGGAAUUUAGAAAUACGGAAAAGAAAACCUUGUUAGUUCAGUGACAAACGCUUCGACCGGAAGGCUUUCUCAGUGUGGUUUGAGGUUUAUUUUACUGUGAGAGAGACUUCUAGUGAAAACGUUUUCCAUUGAAUUGAUGGAGUUUCAGUAUUUCUAAAUGUAGCGCUAUUGAGUGAUGGACUGUGUAUAUUGAAGUCUCCACUGGGUUGAGGUGAUUUAGGAUUCCAGGUUGUCUCUGGAUCAACCAACGAACAAACACGAAGUAGUGCAGAGGUGUAGAUAAUUAAACGCUUAAUUCUUUGUGUUAUCCCAGACCCGUGCUGGAGGGAGGCUCGCUGUGUGAAAUCUGCACAUUGUGUUUUGAAAAAUGAAAGAAUAAUCAAAAAUGACUAGAGUUGCCACUUUGAAAAUAAAAUAAAUCAAUCGAUCAAAGUUA